GCUGCAGCAGUCACUCAGCACUAAACAAGCGGCGCUGCUCCUAACAGGAGGGGGAGGGGAAUCCGCGCCAUAUAAGGUCAAGGCCCCGCCUCCCUAGACGUCACCGGCUGACAGCGCCGCUCCCCGGGGCUUAGAGUUUUGGCUCCCGGGAAAGGUUCCAUUCCUAGGGGAUAGAGGGCUGAGUUUUGUUCGCUUCCAUCCAUUCUGCGAGUCGCUAAAGGGCCCCCUCAUCCAGCCCUAUCCCUCCUGUGCCCAGGAACAACCUCCGCUGCUCAUCAUUUCCCCGUUUAUUUGUCUUUUGGAGCACAAGUCCUGGAUUCAGCAGUGUCCUGAAGCUUUUUUAUUUUUUAUAUCAUUUUUUUUUUUACGAUUUUUUUUUUUUUUCCUUCCUCCGCGCUUGUUGGUUGCUGUGUGUUUUGGACUUUGCCUUCCUUGAUGCUGUUUAGCUGGGAUGACACCACACUGAGAUCCUCCACCAACAAUAACAGCGAAAAUAUUAUUGAUUGUGCCUCCGUGUGGCUGCGCCGGUCCGCUUAAGCGCUGCGCUUUCCCCCUUCUGCCUGCGCCCGUCGCUCUCUCCAUGCAAGCGCUGGCAGGCAGUGCACUUGUGUGUGUCUUGUGCCAAGCCGGGACACAUUGAAGAAGGCAAAAAAGCCAGACUUGAAAACUGGGCUUUUCUCCUAACUCAUCCUGGGGAGUCAAGUCAUCGAAUAGGUUCCCAUCGCCAAGGAGGCAGAUACACAGAGACACAUUACAAAUUAUUUUUAUUAUCUCCUCUGUUUUUCUGUGUAUGUGUGUGUGAUUGCCAUCGGUUUUUUUUUUUUUUUUUUUUUUUUUUUGUAAUUGUAAAUUCCUCCAACUCUGAACAAAAAAAAAACCCCGUUUGGCAGGAGCUGGUUUCGCCCAAAUUUGUUUUAAUGUUUGGGAUUCAGGAAAAUAUACCAAGAGGUGGGACGACCAUGAAAGAGGAACCGCUGGGAGGUGGGAUGAAUCCAGUCCGGUCAUGGAUGCAUACAGCAGGGGUAGUGGAUGCUAACACAGCCGCCCAAAGCGGCGUGGGGUUAGCCCGGGCACAUUUCGAGAAGCAGCCGCCUUCCAACCUCAGGAAAUCCAAUUUUUUCCACUUCGUCCUAGCCCUGUACGACAGACAGGGGCAGCCGGUGGAGAUUGAGAGGACAGCUUUUGUGGACUUUGUGGAGAAGGAUAAAGAACCAAAUAGCGAGAAAACUAACAAUGGGAUUCACUACAAACUACAAUUAUUGUACAGCAAUGGAGUCAGGACAGAACAAGAUUUGUAUGUACGGCUAAUAGAUUCAAUGACCAAACAGGCAAUUAUCUAUGAAGGGCAAGACAAAAAUCCCGAAAUGUGCAGAGUCCUCUUGACACACGAAAUUAUGUGCAGCCGAUGCUGUGACAAGAAAAGUUGUGGAAACAGAAACGAGACCCCCUCAGACCCUGUUAUCAUUGACAGAUUCUUCCUGAAGUUUUUCCUCAAAUGCAAUCAGAACUGCCUGAAAAAUGCAGGGAACCCAAGGGAUAUGCGAAGAUUUCAGGUUGUUGUAUCAACAACAGUCAAUGUGGACGGCCAUGUCCUGGCUGUCUCAGACAACAUGUUUGUGCACAACAAUUCCAAACAUGGGAGGCGGGCGCGCCGUCUUGACCCCUCAGAAGGUACGGCCCCUUCUUAUCUGGAAAAUGUAGCUACCCCCUGCAUAAAAGCGAUCAGCCCUAGCGAAGGAUGGACAACCGGCGGAGCGACGGUGAUCAUUAUAGGCGAUAACUUCUUUGAUGGCUUACAAGUGGUUUUUGGAACCAUGUUGGUGUGGAGCGAGCUGAUAACACCCCAUGCCAUCAGAGUUCAGACCCCACCAAGGCACAUUCCUGGCGUUGUUGAAGUAACUCUUUCCUACAAGUCAAAGCAGUUCUGUAAAGGUGCUCCCGGCCGAUUUGUCUAUACCGCUCUGAAUGAACCAACCAUAGACUAUGGAUUUCAAAGAUUACAAAAAGUCAUUCCAAGGCAUCCAGGGGACCCAGAACGGUUACCAAAGGAAGUAUUACUGAAGAGAGCGGCAGACCUCGUCGAAGCCCUCUAUGGAAUGCCACACAACAACCAGGAAAUAAUCCUGAAACGAGCAGCUGACAUUGCUGAAGCAUUAUACAGUGUGCCACGCAAUCACAACCAGAUCCCUUCACUUGCCAACACUCCGUCUCACAGCGGGAUGAUGGGAGUAAACUCUUUCAGCAGCCAGCUAGCAGUUAAUGUUUCAGAGACCUCUCAAGCUAAUGACCAAGUAGGUUACAGUCGCAACACAAGCAGUGUUUCUCCACGAGGCUACGUCCCCAGCAGCACUCCCCAGCAGUCUAAUUACAACACAGUUAGCAAUAGCAUGAAUGGCUAUGGAAAUGCUGGUAUGCCCAAUUUAGGAGUUCCCGGAUCGCCCGGAUUCCUUAAUGGCUCUUCGGCUAACUCUCCUUAUGGCAUAGUGCCGUCAAGCCCUACCAUGGCAGCCUCUUCCGUCACCCUCCCUUCAAACUGUAGCAGUACACACGGCAUUUUCUCAUUCUCACCUGCCAAUGUCAUCUCUGCAGUAAAACAAAAGAGCGCCUUUGCUCCCGUUGUCAGGCCCCAAGCUUCCCCUCCACCAUCUUGCACCAGUGCAAAUGGAAAUGGACUUCAAGAAUCUGGAGAGGAAGAUGGUUGGGGAGGGUAUACUGCAUGCAAGGGAGGUGGCAUCUCCUUCUAUUUUCCAUUUGGAGUUUGCUUUGAGAAUGGCACAAAACACCAGAGGCUUCAUGAUACAAAAUCUAUGUCCGGUCUUGUAGUUCCACCAAUGUAAAGUCACUUUUGUCUACUUGCUUGUAGCAUCAAGCUUCAGAAGAAAGCUUCAGGGGACACAUUUAGUCUAUUAAAGGAUCACUGAAGGAAUACAGUGUCUUCAGAGGAAAAAAAAAAAAUCAUCGAGACGUUAAAUGCUACAAACAGUUUCUUUAAAGAUUUUAUUUGAACUAUAAGAAACCAACAUUCAACUGAGCGACUUCUCCAUGAACAAUUCCAUGUCCUCGACCGAACUUUUCUCAUAUUUUCACAUUUCUCAAUCCUGAAGAUCACGGGGGAAAAAAAAAAAGCGACGCCUAUUUUGUAUAAAGUUUCUGAUUCCGUCUUGGCUAUGUCUAGUACUUGCUAUGUGUUGGGAGAACUCUGUGGAUGCACCAUUUUGAAUAUCAUGAAACACUGACGAAAAAUGCCUCAGAACGUUUUUCUGUACUCAUAAUUAGACUCACAAUGGUCGUGUAUCUCUAUAAUGUGAAAUAUUUUUUUUUUUUUCUUUUUUCUUUUUUUUUUUUGUGGUGAAAAAGGGGGCCAAGGAGGUAUGAGCCAUCAAACUGGAAAAAAAAAAGUAUAUGAAUCAUUUAAAUCUGGGUAACUGGGGGCGGGGCAAGGGAUUAUCAUUGCUUAACUUCAUCUUAAUGAACUUUGUAACUUAUUGUAGUUAGAAAUUGUAACUUUGAUAUUGAAUUCUCUUGCCUUCGACAAGCACACUGACAGAGAAAAAAAUGCUACUGUCUGUUGGUUCAAAUAUACGUCCACUGCUAGAGCUUCCUGUUUAAGCAAGUGAUAUCUGCAACAUUUUUUCAACUUAUUGCUAGCACUGUAUACUAUUGCAUUCUUAGGCUACUGUGAAGUCUAUGUUUCUUGUACCAGAAAAUUGUCCUUUUAACUUCUAGAUCCUUAUUCCCUAAUGUGUUUUGUAUGUGGUUAUAAAAUUGUAGACUUUUGUGAUUUUGCCAAAGUUGUAGCUAAAUAUUUAUACACUUGUCUUGAAUUUUUUUCAGAUCCACUUAAUAUUACAAAGGCCGAUUUUAUUCCUUAUGCUUUUUUUUGUGGGGGGGUAAGGAAUAAAAUGGUCUUUUCCAUUGAGACACUUUCUUUCACAUGAACACUUGCAGUCACUAAGGGAAUUUAUUUUGUAACAUAUCAAUUAUAAAUAUUGUAUUUAUCUUUGAAAUUUUGUAUAUUGCUUUCCAUCAUUUUAUUUUAUUAUUAUUUUUUUUUUGUUGUUGUUGUUCCUCUAUGUAUUGUUUAUUUUUUUUGUCACGGGCUAGUGUUGAAUUGCUGAAAAAAAAAAAAAAGCAUUAAGCCAAGAAAGGUUGCCUUCAUACUGUAAUUUCCUUUGUACCGAAUUAUAGUGUCCAUACAUUUCAUUUGUACUUCAGAAAAUUGCUUUUGUUUUAGACUUUCCGUCCUCUUGUUUCUUUUUUUUUUUAAUUUGGAAAAGUCAAAUUCAUUGUUUAUUUUUAUAUUAUUUUUAAGUUAUCUGAACAAAUGAUUUUGAAUAAAAGUUGUUUGUUGUAUAGUCAAAACAAAAUUGUGCCACAUGGCUGUAAUUAAUAUUAGUAGCAAAAUGUGCAUGUAAUUCAACUACAAAUUCUGUUUAAUUUGUGGUUGUUUUUUUUAUUUUAUUUUUUUUAAUUUUAUUUUAUUUUGUAAACUGUAAAAAAAAAAAAAAAAAAAGAAGUCGUUUUUAGCUGCCACCCAUGACUUGCCACAUAUUUAAACCAUGUUUACUGGACAAAUUAAGAGGCCUAAAUUUUAAAUAUAAAAUAAUGUCUAAUAUUUUUAAUUAAAGGUUUGCCACAUUCAUUUCUCUGAUGCCUUAAAAAAUAUUUUUAUUUUGAAAAAAAAAAAAA